UCGUAUUUGGACGAUAGGAGAGUAACUUAUACGUUCCCGCGUUAAUGAUGUUCACAAAGAUACUGUGUUUGACCUUGUCUGUGUUUGAGCUCCGAAGACCAUAAAGACUUGUAAAGGGGUGGGUCUCUGCUAUCUCUGGUGAAAGGGGAAAAGGAGGUGAGUGCAGUUUUGAUGGGUUCUUGUAUCAGUGCUCCAAUCAAAGGGGUGGAUUCAAAAUUUGAAGAAGAUGGUAAAGAUUUUUGUAAGUCUAGUAGCAAGGUCUCAUCUGCCUAGGUGCCACUUACUCCGACGACAAAUUUGAAGAGCUUUGCCUUCAGCGAACUCAAAACAGCCACCGGGAAUUUCCGUCCCGAUAAUGUGUUGGGAGAAGGUCGUUUUGGUAGUGUCUAUGAAGGCUGGAUUGAUGAGCAUACAUUUACAGCUGCCAAACCAGGGACUGGCAUGGUUAUUGCUGUGAAGGGACUAACCAAUGAACACGCUCAGCCUCACGAAGAAUGCUUGUCGUGCAUACAAGAACUUAAAUGAGCAUUGAUCAUUCUCAUCUACCAUGUCAAUAAGACAUCACCAGAAUUUCCAGAAUGAAAUUUAAGUUCUGAUAAACCUCGAGUUCAAGUAUAGGCAAAAAUUAAUAAUUUGGGGCAACUGUAUCAUCCCAAUCUUGUGAAAUUGGUUGGGUACUGUUUGGAGGAUCAUCAGCGGUUUCUGGUAUACGAGUUCAUGGCACAGGGUAGCUUGGAAGAUCAUCUAUUUACGAGGGCUUGUAUUCAACCGCUUUCUUGGAACCUCCGUGUGAAGGUUGCUCUUGGCGCUGCUAAGGGACUUGCAUUUCUUCACAGCUCAGAAGCAAAACUGAAAUCUAGCGAUUUCAAAUCCUCUAAUAUUCUGCUUGAUUCUAACUUCGAUGCAAAGCUUGAUGAUUUUGGGUUGGCCAGGCCACUAGUUGGUGUAGUCGAUGUCCUUCCAGGUCCCUAUGGUUAUGAUCCUGAUUAUGUGGUCAUACGCGGUACGGGUACGAGUAAUGGUUAUACUGCUCCCGAGUAUGCGGUCACAGGUGAUCCAACUGCCAAAAGUGAAGUAUAUAGUUUUGGGGUUGUUCUCCUCGAGAUGUUGACCGGUCGAAGAGCAGUGGACAAGAAUAGUCUAAUCGGGAAAGACAAGCAAUACCCGGCCAGCAAAAUUCUCCGUUUGAUGGAUCCUCGUAUUAAAGGCCAGUACUCAGUAGGUGGAGCACGGAGAGCAGCUAACAUUGCUAUCAAAUGCCUACAAACUGAACCCAAGUUGAGGCCAAACAUGAAUGAGGUGGUGGAAGCAUUAGAGCAGCUUCAGGACUUGAAAGACACGGAAAGCCCUAAGAGGGAAUCCCUCCAUAAUAAUCACAACAAUUCAAAGAGGUAGCCGUUUCGUAGGUAAAAAAAAAAAAAAAAGACACAGAAAGUCCUAAAAGCGAAUCCCUCCAUAAUAAUCACAACAAUUCAAACAGAGGUCUGAAUGUGCCUGAUGAAGCUUGCAAAGAUGGCAUCACCCAGUAAGCCUAGUUGUUAGAGCGUCUAGCGCUUGCAAAGAGGAAGCUGCUUCUUAUCCAAGGCCAUCUACUUCCCCAGGUCAUGGUUAAAGGUUAUGUUUGAUAUAAAUGCAAUAAAUUCAGGAACUAGGACAUGUAUUACAUGGACACUUGGACGAUUACUGUAUACUUCUAAUAUUAAUUUAGUUGAUUUUUUACUAUUGAUACUUCAUUUUACACAUUGUUAUGCCUGGAUUAUGAUAUUAUACGAGAAACAUGAGGAGAUUAGUCCCCGGGAAUUUCGACUUGUUUAGACGAGCAAUAAAUUCUAUUAAAAACUAAACAAAUAAAUUGCAUACAUUGUAUAUUAUGCCAUUAAUUUUCCUCUUACAAGAAAUAAAUCUAAUCUGCAUUAAAGAGAUUUUGCCACGUUAAAAUUUUGGUGGAGAGAUUAGACAAGCUUCACAUGCAAAACACCCUCCUUCUCAAUGUAUGCAAAUAGGCCAUCAACCAAAGCGUCUCUCUCCCACUUUUCAAAGUGAAAGGUGGGUUGAUGGAUGCUUGUAUUUGACGGGAUAAUAAUAAAAAUAAAAAUAAAAAAUAAAAAAUAAAAAAUAAAAAAUAAAAACAAACAAA